CAUAAAUGCAGUUCUGGAGCUGCUUCCUAUUUUCUCUGCUUCUGUACCAUGCUUCUGUACUACCGUGCCCACCUGUUUCUAUCUUUACCAGUUUCUUGUCAGAACUCAAGUUGCAACCAGGAGCUAGAGAUACCAAGGAAGCACAUCCUCCUUCGGUAAAGUUCUCAAAUCCAAGAAAAAAUUGCCCAUACUCUAAAUAAUGGCAAGUUACAGGAGAUCUGCAAUCUGCGCAAAUCUCAUGAAAUUGACUAUGCUAACUGCCUGUUUCUGCAAAGGUAUAGAAAGUAAUGGGAUAGAAGGUUUCACAUUGACAGCACCUGCCUCUCUCUCUGUGCGGCAAGGACGCUGUUUGCACAUCCCCUGUCAGUUCACCUACAGAAGUGACUCCUCUUCCGUGAAUGAGGACUUCUCUGCCUACUGGCUGAAGAACCAGGAAGGAGCUGAAUACUGUUUUCAGGGAGCCAUUUCUGGAGGCUGUGUUCAAGGUCUUCUCGUAGCAACCAGUGAUGACACACAGCGGGUUGAGAGAUCUGCUGAGAACCGUUUCUACUUGACCGGAAAUCCAAACAAAGGGAACUGCUCCUUCAUCAUUACAGAAGCCCAGUUAGAAGACGAGGGGUCCUAUUACUUCAGAAUUAUAGGGGACAAGGGCUUAAAGUUCAGUUAUUCUACCGCGUAUGGAUACACAUCGCCUCAUGUUUCUGUGACAGAAGGACCUCAGGAUGUGAAAAUCAAAGUGGUCAUAAUAAAUUCUCAAACGCCUGGAUCCUCACGGAAAAGAGAUUUGGGUGCUUAGGUGGCCCUGGAAGGUGACACAGUUAGGCUGCUCUGUACAGCUAAGGGCAGGCCAAGCCUCACCUUGACUUGGAAGAAGGACGAAGAAAGCAUCGGCAUUCCCAAGCAGGGCAAUGAGAACGCCUAUGAGAUUUCUUCAGCCACAUCGAAGGAUGCUGGAAAGUAUAAAUGCCAGGCAGAAAAUGACUUUGGCUCAGCCACAGAGACUAUCCACCUAAUAGUGCAAUAUCCUCCACGAUUUGCAACGUUCAGCAUUUCCCAGAUUUUUGAAAGGGACCCACCGCUCAUUCAAGAUUUCCCCAGGGUGACAGUCUCUCUGGUCAAUGGCUCCCGCCUGGUGGUUCAAGAAGGUGACUCAUUACAGCUACUCUGCAAGGCAGAUGGCAACCCUCCAGCUACAACAGUUUGGAUCAAUCCAACGUUGGAGAAGCUCACAGAUGAAAGAUUAGAACUUGUCAAUUUGACCGCCAAAGAUGAAGGCCAAUACCUGUGCCAGACGGACAACUUUCUCGGUUCUGCUCAGGGGAUGUUGACGCUGUUUGUAGAAUCUUCAGGAGCUCCCGAAAUGAUUCUUCCUGCAAAUGUUGAUAUCAUACUUCUCAUCCAGCUAGGCAUAAACAAGAUGUCUUGCUGUAUCUGCGUCAUCAUCCUUUGCAACUGUUGGAAUUUAAACUGGAGGAAAGCUCCAAAGUAAGAGGAUGGAGGAUGCUGAGGGAAGAGGAUGGAGCCAACUGUUCUGCGUGUACAGUUCUCAAUUUUGGGGAAAUGACUUCUGUCCAACCCAGCCUAUUGGAUCGCUUUGGCUCAAGAAGUGGGUAAAUGUGUCAGAGAAGAGUGAUGCUCUCUUAAACAACUGUAGCUUCCAGUAUUUUCCCCCAUCCAGCAAGACCAGUGCGAAUGCUUGCUUGGAUAUUUAGGAAAUUUCAUUAAAAAUGACUUUUCCAAGCUGUCAAAAAUGCAAAUCUGUAUCAUUUGCAGACAGGCACCCUGGUGACAGAUGUCCACCGUUUUUUAAAAAAAAAAUUACAAGACAUGGAAAGUGAUUGGAAAAAUAUGGAGAUUUCAGCGUAAAACAUCUGAAGUGUGUCAUGAUUCCCAUUCUUGCUAUAAUUAAAAGCAGACGUAAAUUCAUUUCUACAGAGAUGGUUGGUCAAGUUUCCCCUUUUAUGCUUCCUCUUUCUUAACUAGGGAAGAUCAUAAAACUGUAUGCACUGUUUGGGAAAAUACAACUGC